AGAGAGACCGAUAUAUAAAUUAGGGUGGUCCUUAUAAUGUUUCUUUUUGCAGCAAAUGAAGAAUAUGUUGCGGCGCGCGGUGCAGCAAGCGAAAAAAAAAGGUAAUUAUAUGCAACCUAAUAAAAAAAUACAGAAAUUUUAAAAAGUUUAAAAUGUUUUUUCCUAACUUUGCAGGAUAUUUUGGCGCAGCAGAAAUUAAAAACGGAAAUCUUCCGCAGUCUACUCAGGUGUACAAUCUUCCGCCGGCCACUCAAGUGUACAAUCCUCCGCAGGCCACUCAGGUGUACAACCCUUCGGCGGCUGUCCAAGUGUACAAUCCUCCACAGCCCACUCAGGUGUACAACCCUUCGCCGGCGAUUCAAGUGUACAAUCCUCCGCAGGCCAGUCAGGUCUACAACCCUCCGCCGGCCGCCCAAGUGUACAAUCAUCCGCAGCCCACUCAGAUCUAUAACCCUCCAUCCGCCACUCAAGUAUACAAUCCUCCGCAGGCCACCCAGGUCUACAACCCUCCGCCGGCCGCCCAAGUGUACAAUCAUCCGCAGUCCACUCAGGUCUACAACCCUCCGCCGGCCACCCAAGUGUACAAUCAUCCGCAGUCCACUCAGGUUUACAACUCUCCGCCGGCCGCCCAAGUGUACAAUCCUCCGCAGCCCACUCAGGUGUACAACCCUCCGCCGGCCGCCCAAGUGCACAAUCCUUCGCAGCCGACUCAGGUGUACAACCCUCCGCCGGCCGCCCAAGUGCACAAUCCUUCGCAGCCGACUCAGGUGUACAACCCUCCGCCGGCCGCCCAAGUGCACAAUCCUCCGCAGCCCACUCAGGAGUACAACACUCCGCGGGCGAUUCAAAUGUACAAUCCUCCGCAGCCCACUCAGGUCUACAACCCUCCACCCGCCACCCAAGUAUACAAUCCUCAGCAAGCCACUCAGGUCUACAACCCUCCACCCGCCACCCAAGUAUACACUCCUCCGCAAGCCACUCAGGUCUACAACCCUCCACCAGCCACUCAAGUGUUCAAUCCUCCGCAGGUAGCUGAGGUCUACAACCCUCCGUCGGCCUCCCAAGUAUACAAUCCUCCGACAGCAACCCAAGUGUACAAUCCUCCGCAACCCACUGAGGAGUACAAUCCUCCUACAGUAUAAUUAACGUUUAAAAUUGUUAUUUUAACCAAGAAAAUUAUUUAAAAUAACAAAAAUUAUAUUAUUAGACUUAAGAUGUCAUCUACAGACUGAAAAUGUUUAUGAUAACAUUCAAUUUUUUAUGCAAUAUACUUGCUUGUUUGCUCCCGUUAUAUUAAAUUACAUUAAAUUUUGCUGCGUAUUUUUAACAAUGAAGAUGUAUCAAUUUUCUUAUUUUCAUAGAUUCACGUACGUCAAUCUUUCCUUCUUAUAAACAUUGCAUUGAAAAAAGAACUUGGUGAUAGCUACCAAAUUAUUAUGUAAUUAUUAUUUUAUGUUUGAUGUAAGAUUUUAUGUUUGAUAAGAUUUUAUGUAACAUUUUAUGUUUGAAGAUUUCUUUAUAAUUAAUAAAAUGUUUCAGAAAAAUAUAUUCUAUAUGUACUUUAUUUUUCUAUCUUUUUUUAUGUAAAUAACUACUCUAAAGAGGAUACUGUUUUUUCUUUGGACUAUUUUUAUAAAUAAAUA